UUAUACAAAGUCAAGAAUUUGAUGACUUUGACAGUGGAUGGCAGAAGCAGUCUGAAUAUUACAAAAAAGGGAAUGAAGACGGACACAAAUACGAAGGACCCGCUGUAUUUAGGUGGAGUACCGAAGGGCACAAGACCGAGAGGUCUGGAGACAACAGGUACAGUUAAAUGGCUGCAAGUAAAAGAAAACGUUUCAGCACUUUUCUGCACCUUACAUAUCAUUUACGACCUUUCAGAGAGUUUCGUGGGCUGCGUUCGAAUUCUGAACGUGGGGAAGAAACCGAGAAAACGGAAAAACGUGGACAUAUCACAAGUGCCUCUCGUCGGUGAUGUAACAAAGAACUCUUGUCCUGUCAACUGA